AUGCAGGCAAUGCCGGACAACCGACAGCAGUCGUUUGACGAGAUCUACGGCCCGCCCGAAAACUUUCUUGAGAUCGAGGUCCGCAACCCUCGAACCCAUGGCAUGGGCCGCAGUAUGUACACCGAUUAUGAGAUCGUCUGCCGCACCAACAUCCCCGCCUUCAAGCUCCGCGCCUCGAGCGUGCGCCGCCGUUACUCCGACUUUGAGUACUUCCGCGACAUCCUUGAGCGCGAGAGCGCCCGCGUCACCAUUCCGCCCCUGCCCGGAAAGGUCUUUACGAACCGCUUCAGCGACGACGUCAUCGAGGGCCGCCGUGCUGGCCUCGAGAAGUUUCUGCGCAUCGUUGUCGGCCACCCCCUUCUUCAGACAGGCAGCAAGGUCUUGGCCGCAUUCGUGCAAGACCCCAACUGGGACCGUAACGCAUGGUGA